UAAAGCGCUAAAGGUUAAUAAGAAUACUAUUACGCAAUCAAAAACUAUCAUUCCAAAUGUGAACAAACACUGCUCGAGUGCUAUCGUAUUACUAUUGUUUACAUUCACUUUCUUGCAUAAGUCUACCGUUGUUGCUGGUUGCUAUCAUGGCAAAUUCAAGUAAAAAGACAAUCUUGGAACGUCUGGAUGCAGGGGAAGUUUUAAUAGGCGAUGGAGGAUAUAUCACCGAAAUGGAAAGACGUGGCUAUGCCACGGCAGGCAUUUGGACUCCAGAAGUGAAUGUUGAACACCCUGACGCUGUGGCAAUACUUCAUAAAGAGUUUGCCCGAGCUGGCUCAGAUGUCCUUCAAGCAUUUACAUUCAAUGCUAAUGAUUAUUUAGACAAGGCUCGAACGGCAGAGCGGAAUGAAGUGAAUGAAUCAGCGUGCAAGAUCGUGCAAAAAAUAGCUGCUGAGUACAACUGCCUUUGGGCGGGAGGAAUAUCCGCAACAAAUAUUUAUAACCAGGGCGGCUCUAAGAAGGACGUUCAAGAGUACUUCAGAGACCAGGCAGAGAUUUUUGUUAGACAUGGCUCAGAUUUUCUAAUUGCCGAGUAUUUCCACAACUGUGAGGAAGCAGUGUGGGCAGUUGAAGUCUUAAAGGAGACUGGAAAGCCUGUCAUGGCGAGUUUGUGCAUUUCGUCUCAGGGUGAUUACAAGGGAGUCCCAACUGAGGAAUGCGCUGUCCGUUUGGUAAAAGCAGGGGCUGACGUGGUAGGAGUGAACUGUAAAUUCGACCCUCCCGAGUCAUUGAAAGCCGUCUCCAAAAUGAAGGAAGGUUUGAAGAAAGCAGGGCUGAAAGCACACCUUCUCUUUCAACCGUUGGGAUAUUACUGUCCUGAUGCAGACAGCAAGAAUGGAUACCUUGUACUUCCGGAAUUUCCUUUUGCUCUAGAACCACGACAGUUGACACGAUUUGAUGUGCAAAAAUUAACUAGGAGCGCGUACGACGUGGGAGUGCGCUAUUUUGGCGGGUGCUGCGGGUUUAAACCCUACCACAUCCGUGCAAUCUCUGAAGAGCUUGAGAAGGAACGCGGGAGAAAAGCUGCAAGCAGUGAGAAGCACGCGCCGUUUACUAGCGGAAGAUACGCGGCCACAGCAGCUGGCAAACUUGAUAGGAAUGAAGAAUUUUGGAUGAAUCUGAAACCAGCGUCUGGAAGACCGCAUUGUCCCUCUUUUUCAGAACAGUUAGACUGAGAUGGAUACAAUACAAACAAACUAUCGAUAUUCUUAGAUCUAAAAGUAAUGCCAAAUACAAUCUAUAGCCCCAAAAUAUUAAAUGCCGUGUUGUAAAAUAACUCUUGUUACUCCGGCGUCAGCGACGGAGUUGAAAAUUCA